AUGACAUUAGUGGCUUCUUGUGGUGGAAUUUACUUCCCUGAGACACCGGUGGAAAACAUUCUCACCCUGACGUGGCAAGUGAAAGAGGGCAGUGAGGCAGCAGUGCCGUAUGGCAGCGUGGUCUUCAAGGUGAAAUCCUCUUCACCCAAGUCGUUUUACGUGCACCCGCGCUAUGGGGCACUGCUGGUUUCUGACGGCCUUGGCCUGCCACGGGACCCUUGUAGUACGCAGGUAACAUUUGGUCUGCGUCCGGCUGCCACGGAGGUGCUAAGUGAGGCGGCGGCCACAACCGCCCCGCGCUCUGCCACUUCGAUAGGUGUUGGCAAUGGAUACCAUGAACGGAUUGUGAUUGAGUACAUCCACGUUUCCGGGGACCGCGCCAUUUAUGAUCGUCUGUCGCAAGGUCUGGCUGCGGAUAGCCGGCUUUCAGAGGUGGUGCGGGGCGUGUGGGACCUCAUGACAGGAGGAACUCUCCACGCGACGCGAGGCACACCCAUCACUCUCAAGGUGUACACGGAGUGUGUCACGAGGGAGAGCGGAAAAAAGGGGGACGGGGUGGUGGUGGUGGUGCCACCCACCGCGAAACUGGUGCCGCCGGCGUUGCGAGAGCAGUUGCUGAAUCGUAUGUCGACUGCUCAUGCGCGGGAAAUUAGUACGUCCUCUACCGCCCCAUCAGCAUCCGAGAAACACACCCGCGGUGCUGGAACCAGUGAGUUGCGGGCGCUGAAGCUCGGCAUCGAUGCGCUGCGUAAUGAACCCGAGGCGGCCACAACCGCCGCUCCUGUCGCCACGGAUGACACGUACAACAGCAGCAGUAAGAACAUCCCACGUUUACAGGCCGAUCAUACAGAAACGGAUAUUUUGAUGCGCAUGCCGAAAUUAGAUAGUGCUACAACAAAAGGAUCAAAGGAUGGGGUACCCUUAUUUAUGGUGCUUGCAGCAAUGCUUUUUACAUAUGUGAUAACAAUGCUGCUGUGGCGCACCAUUUGA